UCAACUACUCUUGGUUUUCAUCCACUAUUUCCCACAAUGGAAACAACAGAAGAAUGUCCACCGGCUGAAAAAAAGUUUAAAGAAGCUGAACAAGAUGAAAGCAAUACUUCCAAUAUACCAGCGACUUUAGAAGACAGUCCCGGCUUUACUGCACCCACACCAUUCAGUAAAAAUCAACUGAAAAAGCAAAGGAAAUUAGCCCAAUACGAACAAUUACGCAAAGAAAAACGCCAGAAAGAAAAGGAACGUCAAAAGCAAAAACGUAAAGAGGCAGCUGAGAAAGGACUACCCGUACGUACAGGACCCUCACGCAAAGAACUCAAGAAAAAGCAACAGGCGGCUGUUGACAAUGAAAACUCACUACGUAUUGUAAUCGAUUUGGAUUGCGAUGACAUGAUGAGCGAACGAGAUGUGGCAAAAUGUGUAAAACAGUGUUUGCGCAUCUACACAAUUAACAGGAGGUCAGAGAAACCAGUGCAAUUACAUUUAACGGGUAUUAAAUCUGAAGGCAAUAUUCAUAAAUCUCUAAAGAAAAAUGAUGGUUGGGAAAAUUGGCAAGUGAACUAUCAUUUCGAUGAGGAUCAUUUAAAAGUUUUUCAACCCAAUACGGAUAUAGUGUAUUUGACUAGUGAAUCUGAUACGGUGUUGGAAACCUUGGAGCCAACAAAAGUUUAUUGUAUUGGUGGCCUGGUAGACCAUAAUCAUCAUAAAAACUAUUGCCAUGAUAAAGCCACUAGGGAAGGUUUACAAACGGCUCGUCUGCCGUUGGGAGAAUAUGUUGAUAUGAAAACAAGAACAGUAUUGACUACAUUUCAUGUUUUUGAAAUUUUAGUACGUGUGGCGGAAGGAAAAAGUUGGGCUGAUGCCAUAUUACAGACUAUACCACCACGAAAAGGUGCCAAACUUAAGGAAACGGGAGUUUUAAAAGAAAAUGAAGGAGUUGUGAAUAUGGUGAAUGGACAAAAUAAUGCAAAUGAAGAUGGCAAUACUACUCAGGAAGCAGUAGAGGAUAGCAGUAAACCUUUAGAUACACCAGUUCAGAAAAUAGUUACUAAUAUUUCCAAGGUAGAGGAAGAAAAUCAAGGAAGUGAAAGUUGACGUUAAUACUUUGGUAAAACUAUUAAAAAUCAUUAAACC